CGACGCCGGAUUCUGCUGGCUGCUGAUAGGCUUAAGUCCAGACUCCCCAGUCAAUCGCCUGUGUUGUUACUCGUCGACAAUUCGUGCAAUUUUCAGUUUGAAAAAGAAGAAGUCAACGGACUUUUCUGCUGUGGUGAGGAAUCAUGGGCAGUCAUAGUUUGGUCCUUCACUGUCAUACCUGGGGCCCAGUUCAAUGGAACACCUCAACAGAUGAAUGCUGUGGACAUUCCUGGGAUGCCUGCUCUCGGACACUCAGCGUGUGUGUGCUGCUCACAAAGUACUGGAGUCUCCAUUCAGUCAACGGGCUGUCCAGUGAAUCCAGUAGUGAGUGAAUCUGAUGACAGUGAGCCGUGUUCGGGGGAUGAGGAUGAAGACUCGUCAGAGCUAUUCACUCAAGUAUUCGCCGUGAAGGGGUCUACGUAUGAAGAUAGGUACCAGACCAAUUUAAAAACUGUCCAGGAUGCCCUAAGACAUCAAAAAGACAUUGUCGUCCAAUUGGUGCCCGAGAGAGAAAACCCCAGACAUUAAUGCCAUAUGUGUUAUUGCACUCAUAGAGGAACAGUCUCUUCCACUCGGAUACGUAGGUGUGAGGAAAAUUCCGAAAGUGACUUCGGCCAUUAAGAACAGGGAAAUCGUGUCCAUCCAUGUGAAAUCUGUGACUUCCUGGUUUGUGAACAACCUAAAUGCCAGAAAACUACGGGCCUUUUUUUACAUAUGUAAAAGAGGAAGAUGGCUACCAGACAGUGAUAGCAAUACUUACAACUCUGUUCUUUGAAAUAAAAAGUGCGGAUUCAGUGUUUGACAAACAUUAUUUAUGAUACAGUGUUUAUUAAUCACAUCAUUUAAAAUAAGGAUAUGGAGAUAACAAACAGUAUUUAAUCGCAAAGUCCAUAAAACAAUACAAAAUAAGAGCAGAGCAAACAUUGACCUCCAAAACAACAGAGAUGGGAUCAGGUGCCAUGGAAGAGUGAGCGUCUCCGGCUGUUUGGUCACACCCGCAGUGUGCUCCUUGUUGUGAUAAGGAAAUAACGUAAAAAGAAGAUAUGAGCAAACGUGGACCUCUGAAACAUCAGAGGUGGGAUCAGGUGCCAUGGAGGAGUGAGCGUCUUAUGCUGUCCUGUCACAACCACCGUGUGCUCCAUGUUGUGAAGAGGAAAUAACGGAAAAAUCUGUCGUCAAUUCAGUGUAUAACUAAUGGACUAUCAAUUGGUUUUAAAAAUGUUGGUCAGCAUUUGACUCAAUAAUAAAAUGUA